GCACAGAAGAAGGUCGGACAGAGGACGCCUGGCUUCUGACACCAUGGACAGCUCCUGUUAACUCAGACACUGCUUCUUCCUUGGUAUCAGUGGCUCAGACCCUUCCCAUCAGACUGGGACUUGGUCCCCUGCCCCCCAUUCACCAAGGGGCACCGAAGUACUCCCUCAUUUCUACUGUUGGGACCCUCUAGCCUCUUGACAUGCCUCUCCUGGAAGGUUCCGUGGGGGUGGAGGAUCUCAUCCUCCUGGAGCCUCUGGAUGAGGAGUCUCUGAUCAAGAACCUCCAACUUCGUUAUGAGAAAAAAGAGAUUUAUACGUACAUUGGGAAUGUGGUGAUCUCCAUGAACCCCUACCAGCAGCUUCCUAUCUAUGGCCCAGAGUUUAUUGCCAAAUAUCGGGACUAUACCUUCUAUGAGCUGAAGCCCCACAUCUAUGCUUUGGCAAACGUGGCCUACCAGUCGCUGAAGGAUCGGGACCGGGACCAGUGUAUACUGAUCACUGGCGAGAGUGGAGCUGGCAAGACUGAGGCGAGUAAGCUAGUGAUGUCCUAUGUGGCUGCUGUCUGUGGGAAAGGGGAGCAGGUGAACUCCGUGAAGGAGCAGCUGCUUCAGUCAAACCCAGUGCUGGAAGCAUUUGGCAAUGCCAAGACCAUCCGCAAUGACAACUCCUCUCGAUUUGGAAAAUACAUGGACAUCGAGUUUGACUUCAAAGGGUCCCCCCUUGGAGGUGUCAUUACCAACUAUCUGCUUGAGAAGUCCAGAGUGGUGAAGCAACUCAAAGGGGAGAGGAACUUCCAUAUCUUCUAUCAGCUGCUCGCUGGAGCAGACACACAGCUGCUAAAGGCCCUAAAGCUUGAGGAGGAUGCACGUGGCUAUGCCUACCUUAAUGGGGACGUGUCCAGGGUGAACGGUAUGGACGAUGCCUCCAACUUCAGGGCUGUGCAGAAUGCAAUGGCAGUGAUUGGAUUCUCAGAGGAGGAGAUUAGACAAGUGCUGGAGGUGACAGCCCUGGUACUGAAGCUGGGCAAUGUGAAGCUGGCAGAUGAAUUCCAGGCCAACGGGCUUCCAGCCAGCGGUGUCUGUGAUGGGAAAGGUAUUCAGGAGAUUGGGGAGAUGAUGGGUUUGAACUCUGCAGAACUAGAGAAAGCUUUGUGCUCAAGAACCAUGGAGACAGGCAAAGAGAAGGUGGUCACGGUGCUGAAUGUCAUCCAGGCUCAGUAUGCUCGGGAUGCCCUGGCCAAGAAUAUUUACAGCCGCCUCUUCGACUGGAUAGUGAAUCGCAUCAACGAGAGCAUCAAGGUGGGCACUGGGGAGAAGAGGAAGGUUAUGGGAGUCCUGGAUAUCUACGGCUUUGAGAUACUGGAGGAUAACAGCUUUGAGCAGUUCGUGAUCAACUACUGCAAUGAAAAACUACAGCAGGUGUUUAUAGAACUGACCUUGAAGGAAGAACAGGAGGAAUAUAAGAGAGAAGGCAUACCGUGGACAAAGGUGGAGUACUUUGACAAUGGCAUCAUCUGUGACCUCAUUGAACAUAGUCAGCGAGGCAUCCUGGCCAUGCUGGAUGAGGAGUGCCUGAGACCUGGGGUGGUCAGUGACUCCACUUUCCUAGCAAAGCUGAACCAGCUCUUCUCCAAGCACAGUCACUACGAGAGUAAAGUCACCCAGAAUGCUCAGCGCCAAUACGACCGCACCAUGGGCCUCAGCUGCUUCCGCAUCUGCCACUAUGCGGGCAAGGUGACAUACAACGUGACCAGUUUCAUCGACAAGAAUAACGACCUACUCUUCCGAGACCUAUCCCAGACAAUGUGGAAGGCCCAGCAUCCCCUCCUCCAUUCCUUGUUCCCAGAGGGGAAUCCCAAGGAAGCGUCUCUCAAACGGCCCCCGACUGCUGGGACCCAGUUUAAGAAUUCGGUGGCCAUACUCAUGAAGAACCUGUAUUCUAAGAACCCCAACUACAUCAGGUGCAUAAAGCCCAAUGACCAGCAGCAGCAAGGCAGGUUCACCUCAGAACUGGUUAUGGUCCAGGCUCGAUACCUGGGGCUGCUGGAGAAUGUUCGGGUGCGCAGGGCUGGCUACGCCUUCCGCCAGGCCUAUAAGCCUUUCCUGGAGAGGUACCGAUUGCUGAGCCGGAGCACGUGGCCACGCUGGAAUGGGGAAGACCGGGAAGGUGUGGAGAAAGUCCUGGGGUCUCUGAUUUUGUCAUCAGAGGAGCUGGCCUAUGGGAGGACAAAGAUCUUCAUCAGAAGCCCCAAGACUCUUUUCUACCUGGAAGAACAAAGGCGUCUGAGGCUUCAGCAGCUGGCCACCCUCAUCCAGAAGGUUUACCGGGGCUGGCGCUGUCGGACCCACUACCAGCAGAUGCGGAAGAGUCAGAUCCUCAUCUCGGCUUGGUUUCGAGGCAACAAGCAAAAGAAGCACUAUGGGAAGAUCCGGUCAUCAGUACUGCUGAUCCAGGCUUUCGUGAGGGGGUGGAAGGCCCGCAAGAACUAUCGAAAAUACUUCCGGUCAGGCGCCGCCAUCACCUUGGCAAAUUUUAUCUACCAGAGCAUAACCCAGAAAUUCCUCUUGAAUCUGAAGAAGAAUUUGCCAUCCACCAAAGUGUUGGACAACACGUGGCCAGCCGCCCCUUACAGGUGCUUCAACACAGCCAAUCAGGAACUGCAGCACCUCUUCUACCAGUGGAAGUGCAAGAAGUACCGAGAUCAGCUGUCCCCGAAGCAGGUGCAGACACUGAGGGAAAAGCUCUGUGCCAGCGAACUGUUUAAGGGCAAGAAGGCUUCCUACCCCCAGAGCGUGCCUGUCCCUUUCCGUGGUGAUUACGUCGGCCUGCAGGGGAACCCCAAGCUGCAGAGACUGAAGGGCAGGGAGGAAGGGCCUGUCCUGGUGGCAGACGCCGUGAAGAAGGUCAACCGUGGCAAUGGCAAGACGUCUUCACGGAUUCUCCUCCUGACCAAGGGGCAUGUGAUUCUCACAGAUGCCAAGAAGUCCCAGGCCCAAAUUGUCAUUAAGCUGGAGGAUGUGGCUGGGGUGUCAGUCACCAGCCUCGAGGACGGGCUCUUUAGCUUGCAUCUGAGUGAGAUGUCGUCGGCAGCCUCCAAGGGGGACAUCCUGCUAAUCAGCGACCACCUGGUUGAACUGCUGACAAAAAUGUACCAAGCAGUGCUGGAUGCCACACAGAGGCAGCUUCCUGUCACUGUGACUGAGAAGUUCUCAGUGAGGUUCAAGGAGGGCAGUGUGGCUGUCAAGGUUACCCAGGGCCCCCAGGGGAGUGGGAACAGAAAGCUGACUUGCAAGAAGAAGGGGAGUAGUUCUAUGGAGGUGACUGUGCGGUGAGGAGAUUGGGACCUCCUGGAGACACAGCUUCUUCCUCUGGAGCAAAACUUGGAGUCUUGCUCUUCUGACCAUGAGGUGUGGGGCUUAGAGAUGAAGAACCCUCGAAGAUGCCCCUCUGUUCCCGGGACCUUUCUAGAAUUCUUACCCAAAUGUAGCAUCCUCCCAGCUUCAGCCCAUUAAUAAAUGAAGUGGUUCACGAGGUCUGGGUA